AUGAACAGUAGACCUAUUUCUGAUAAGCUAGGUUCCAUGACUAUAUCUUCCCACAGAAACAAGUUUAUACCAACCACCUCGAUGGUUUCUAUUGCAGACAAGCUUAUGAUGGAGAAACGAGAUGAGCUUGUAAUGGAGAAGCAAGAUGAGCUUGAAAUAGAAGAAACUGAUAAAAUCGAUUUGGAUUUUGUUUCCCUAGCUAGAGAUCAAUACGGAUGUAGGUUCUUACAGAAAAAAUUGGAGUCGAAUGGGAAGAAUCAGUUGUUUAAAGACCAAUUAUUCGAAGAGUUGAAACCAAUUCUAUUGGAUUUGAUCAUGGAUCCAUUCGGUAAUUAUUUAAUUCAGAAAUUGAUUGUCUAUUUAGAUUCCAAUCAAAUUAUAGAUCUUUUGAAUUUAAUUCAUUCGAAUUUUGGAGCAAUCUCUAGCAAUCAAUUCGGCACAAGGUCAUUGCAAAAAGUCAUAGAUUCUGUGGAUAUUGAUGAUCCAGUUCAAACAGAAUUACUUUUAAUGGGGUUUAAAGAAUAUCUUUCUAAUGAUCAAUUAAUUAACUUGAUCAAUGAUUUAAAUGGCAAUCAUGUCAUUCAGAAAUUGAUCUUUAAAUUCAAAGAUUCUAUAUUGAAUUUGGAUUUCUUGAUAGAUUCGAUUUGUUUGGGAACAAAUAUUAUAAAAAUCUCCACUCACAAACAUGGAUGUUGUGUUUUACAGAAAUUAUUAAAUCUAAUACAAUUAUCACAAUUUGAAAAAAUUUCUAUUCGGAUUCUUUCUAAUUUAAUUGAUUUAAUUAAUAAUCAAUUUGGUAAUUAUAUUAUCCAAUUCAUAUUGAGUAAAAAAUUUAAUUGUUUAGAAUUCCAAGUCAUUCAUGAAAAGAUUUUAAUAGAAUUUUAUCAAAACUUGUCUUUUCAAUUCUAUCAAUUAUCAUGUUUAAAAUUUUCUUCUAAUGUCAUUGAAAAUUACAUUAAAAUAUUGUUUACUUCUUGGACAAGUUCACAAGAUAAUAUAAUUCAAUUAUCUAAUAUUAUUAUAAAGAUUAUAGACUGUUUUACAAUCAAUUUAAAUUCAUUAAUUAAAGAUAAUUAUGGGAAUUAUACUUUACAAACUUUAUUAGAUAUUAAACAAUAUUCAAGUCUAUUAGCAACCAGUAAUAAUAAAUAUAAUGUUCCUAAUGAUUUUCCAUUCUUGAAUUUGUUCAAUUACAAAAUUAAUCAUCUAAUGUUGUUAACAAAGGAAUUAUUACCUUCAAUUAAGGCAACUACUUAUUUGAAAAAAAUUAAAUCGAAAAUCAAAAAUUAUACUGAAUUUAUAGGAAUUCCAUUUAAUGAAUUUACUCAGGAUUUGUCGAAUUCAAUUACUACAUCGACUUUGUCGACACCUUUUUCAACUAAAAGACAAAGAACUUUUUCUUCAAAUUCAAGUUUAAUUCCUUCCAAUAUCACUUCUAUUGAUUCCACACCAAUUAAAAAUAGUGACGAAAUAAAUGAAACAAAUUCUAAACAUACAAGGUACUUCUCUUUACCUUCAAACAAUUAUUUUACUAAGAAUAAAUUAAAUAACGUUCCGAUGAUAAAUACAAAUAAUCAUACUCGUAGUCUUUCCACUACGGUCGCAAGAAAUACUAAUGAUUAUUAUCCUACUCUUCAAACCCCGAACUCCAGUCAAUCUCAAAUAUCGAAUGAAACUCCAAUAUCAAGCCAAACUCCACUCUCAUCUAUUCAGUCUACAGACUCCAAGCAAUUACAAUUACCGUUCCAAUAUCAACCUCAAUCACAAACAAAAUCUCAAGCUUAUGUGGAACAAUCUCAAAAUCAAAACCAAAUUUUAACUCCAAAUCAACAGUUAUCUACAGAAAUCGUAUCUCCAUUAACUUUUAAUCAGUAUCAAUUUUAUUCAAAUAAUAAUAACUUACACUUAAACACUUCUAUGGAUAAUUCUUCAAAUUUAACAACUACUAGUUUAUCCUCAACUCCUUCAACUAUUAAUACUUCUUCUUCAUUAUCAAAUUUUAAUAAUUUGAUUCAAACUCCAAUAUCAAUAUUAAAUUUACAGAACUUUCCAAAUUUACAAAACAAUUAUUUGGCAAAUUCAAAUAAUUAUUCAAACCAAUUUUUUCUCAAUAAUGGUAGUAAUAGUAAACAAAAUCAAACAAUUCAAAAUACAUUAACUUUAUUAGAUCCAAAUGAUUCGGAGUUUACUUUACCAAAAAGAUUUAGAAAUAAUUCUUUAGAAAAUAAUUUCCCCAUAUCUACAAAUUCUCUGCAUAAUAUUUUAUCUAUCCCUUCAAAUCCAUUUGAAGACAAUUUAUCAAUAUCUUCAAAUGUUCUUUAUUCUUCUUAUCUACCAAAAAAAAUAAAAACUUAA